GUUUUUGUACGCCUGGUUCAAGUUUACACGCAUUAUCUCGACCUUUCGUCCUUGCAUUGAAAGCUGUGCUAUCCAUCCCAGUCAUAGCGUAUUAUUUUUACUGGGAAGUUGGAGGUUACCUAUAUUCACUACUUGGACUUACCUUGUGAUACGCCACAUGUUGGAAGGGGGCUCCUGGUGUUCGCUGUCAACGUUCGCGCUUUGACGACACUCGGCCAUCCAUUCCUACACUGCUGCAGCCUUCGCACCCCCAUGGCGCGUUCAGAGCUCCAACUUGCGGCCGUAAUGGUGUUUAUCUGGCUGCUUGCGGAUUUUGGUGUCCAAGCGCAACCACUGAUGGAUGUGCAAGUUAGCGUCCCCGUCAAAGGCGAGUUCGUUAUGUACUACGUCGAGCCGUUCAAAACCAAACCACGAGCGGCCGCCAGCUCCAAACCCGCGCUCCUGCAGCCCGGCCUCAUGUACCAACUGAUCGACCGGCUUAGCGACGGCACUCCGGUUUCAAUUACACUCAACUUCGACAAGCCACCGUCGCUGAAGACUGGAGAUGUGGUGGCGAUUCCGCUAACGAUUACCAUUCCUUCAACUGUUGCCGCCAAGGUAACCGGUGGCGCUCCUGCUCCCAGCGGCAUCCGUCGGCUUCUUAGGGGAAGCUCGAGUUCCCGGGUAGGAGCAGGGUCUGCUGCCGGCGCGCCGCAGGAUGAGGAGGCGCGUCGGCGGUUCCUGGCUGAUACCGCCCUGCCCCUCAGCAGCCUUGUCAGCACGCUGGGCAGCAGCGGUGGGCUGAUGAGCGUUAAGGUCACUGGCGCCGCCACGGUUUUAAGCAGUACGCUUGUAAAGGGUGGUGGCUUGACGCUAGGCGGCACACCAAAGAACGUUUCCUCAAUUACCUUCCUGUUCAAGAGCACCAACUGCGAGUACGGCAGCAUCAGCACACCCAACAUGGACCUGGCCCGCCUCAAGGAGAACUGGUAUGACCAGGGGGACGACGCGGCCUACGUAGCAACGCUGGAACGACACCAUAAGGUCUGUUCAUUCAACCAGUUGCUCUUCCCUCCGGAGCUUAACCCGGUGUUCGAGGUCGACAUUGCUUGCAAGGGCACGAUUCCCGGCAAGGGUCCGUACGACCUAAUGUACGGCAAGGGCAACGGUGUCGACUUGGACAAUGAACUCUACGCGCUUGCCUAUCUGGGCAAGCAGUACGUUCAACAGAAUUACCCCAGCCUGUACCGGCAAUGGGACACCAUCUUUGCGCGGAGGGUUUUCUUCUGGCCCUUCAACUUCGGCAAAGACUACUUCAUCCUUGGUGGUUCCGGCUUGGCCCCCAUUGGCUGCGGCACAGCGUGCAACAUCUACAUGAACCCCAGCGAGUUUGAUACCAAGCCGGACAUGCCAAACGUCUUCCACGAAUUCGGCCAUACGUACGGUCUACAGCACUCCAAGAUGGGCCUACCCGAUCCAAAUGACAAAUGCAAUUACGACACUUUACUCGAGACGUCGGACCCGAUGGGCAUUGCCGAUCAGCUAGAUGUCGACAAGACGAUAACCUGCAUGUCAGCGCCGCAGGUGUACAAGGCGGGGUGGGGUUCGCCGCUGGUCGGGGGUUCCCUCAACAUUGCGGACCUAGGCGUGGGUGUGUCCAAGCAUUACAUACUACCAGCGAUGGCCCUCACGAGCAAGAACAUGCUGCGCAUCGUUGUCAACCAAACGGGCCUUGUCUACGAUCCAGUCAUGAGGCCGGAGCGAGCGGUUUACGUGUCGUACAGGGUGCGGCAGGCCCAGGUUGGCACGUACGACUCUGGCCUCAGGGACGAACUCCACAAACGUGUCUGGAUUCACCAGUACGACGACAGUUACAACGGAUUCUCUGGUCAAACCUGCGCCUGGUUGCUGUCGGUGCUGUCGGACGAAGCGAACCAAGUGUACGAUGCCUUCGGUCCGCUGUCAAGGACUGCCUUGCUCAUGAAUGUCGUGGCCCCCAACACCUCCAGCGGCUUGCUGGUGGAGCUGGUGAACAAGACGGACGCAGCUGCCACAGUGCGGCUGUGCGUGUUCAGCGACAAGGCCGAGAACAAGGUUGCUGGCGGCUGCUUCAAUGGCAUCGAUGAUGACUGCGAUGGACUGGCUGACGCCGACGACCCGGACUGUGCCAAUAGCGUCCAGCCCGUCACACGCCAGCCGCCUCCGCCACCACCGCCUCCUUCGCCGGCCCCACCGCCACCACCUUCCCCACCGCCGCCACGACCGCCUCCACCCUCGCCGUCCCUCCGGUCCCCACCUCCUCCGCCACCGCCAACGUCCCCUCCGCCACCGUCUCCACCGCUCCCGCCAUCACCGCGGCAGUCACCGAGUCCUGCCCCCGCGUCACUGUCGCCACCUCCACAGCCACCACCACCUCCCCCACCGCGACCGCCCUCACCACGCCCGCCUACCCCACCGCCACCACCACCUCAGACGUCAUCCCCACCUCCGCCACCACCCCCAAGGUCCCCGUCACCCCCACCGCCCCUGCAAUCGCCUCC